CAUACGGAAAGUACACGUGUGUGUAUAGUAUAAACAAAUAAACAAGGCAAUACGAUUCAUUCAUUCACUUUCUAUUCAUUGAUGUAACAGACAAUAUAACAACACAUAUAUAUUAUCAAGUUUUUAAUUCAUAGCAGUAACUAUUUGUCUGUAAAUAAAGAGGAAAUAUCUAAACCUGCAAUGGAAGAAGUCCAGGAAGUUUAUAUGGUUAAAGAAGAAGCUGUUGUAUGCGGAAGAUCAGCACCUACUUUAGUCCUCUCACGGGCAGCCUACCCUGCUAACAAUGUCUACAAAACAAGCACGUUUCGUGAAGGUUCUUUACAUGAUAUUGAGAACCAGAUAAUACCAAGCAACAGGACAAAACCAGAAAAGAUCAAACCUACUAUCCAUGCAAAUUUAAAUGCAUCACCAAGCCAGAAUAAUAGUUUCAGCUUAAUUGGGACCUUACAAAGCCGGUAUAUUGCUAAUGAGGGAUACUCUCAGCACAUCUUUGUAUUUUCUGAGAUCCAGACGGUGUCAAGCUCUAUAUGCUUUGGUCAGCUAAAUAUCAGAAAUGAAGACCAACUUCUGAGCAUCAAUGACGUGGAUUUAACACUGAUGACACAUGGAGAAGUCACAGUUUAUUUAAACAGCCAACCUAUCGACACUAAUGAAAGCAUAACAAUGAAUUACUUGAGACCAAGCACAGAAAAUAUAAACGAAAUAAAUUUUACUUUAUUUCAACCAUUAGGUUCAUCGGUAGCAGCAAAACUUAAUUCUGAAACGUCUUCACCAUCACGUCACUGGAAAGCACAACGUACGGUCACCCUAAAGAAGAGAGGCACACAUAAGUUCAUGCAACGACUGACAAACGAUCACGUCGGUUUUGAAGAACUCAUUUCGUCACGGCCGGGAGAGAGCGUCGGAAAUUUUCAUCAAUGUCAUUUUAUCGAAGAAAGACAGUUGAACUCAAACAAUAAUGGUUUCAUAAGGAGGUAUCUUGACGAAGAGCACAAACAACAUCUGUAUGUAACAAAGGACGGUAAUAUAACACUGCAAGUCAAUACAAGUACUGCUUUCGUAAUAAGGUGUUCCAGUCAUGGGGCGUUUAUCAUAUUAGAAGAAGUGGAUACAUCAAAACUACUCAGUCUUUGCGAAUUCAAUGCACAAUUUAUCAAAUUUAAAGGUGACCAUGUUGACAAGCACAGCAUUGAUGACGUUCCAGAAAAAUUUCGAUUCGAUCUAGAUAAGAUACGAUGUUAAAAGUAAUAACAACUGGAUAAUUGACCUCCAUUUGUCUUAUGAAGAAUAACAGAUGAAUAUUUUUGUAAAAGUGUGGUCAUAUAAAAGAAAAAAUUCGAGACAGGGUACUCACUUAUCUUGAUCUUUUAGGAAAGAAAAAGAAUGUUUUGCCCUUGACGUAUGUGCGAUAUUUUCAAAAUCGUCAGGCAGCUGUGCUGAACAUCACGAAGCUUAUAUAUACAUGCUAACACUAAGAGUGGGAUAUUGGUAUUUACAAUGCACAAUUUGGUAUAUGUAGCUCAACGAUUUCUCGUUGAGAGCGCCCGUAUCAGAUAGAUUUUUUUUCAAAUUUAUCUCGACCAUAAACCUAUAAACCGUGGGUAUCAAAUAUUUAUGUCUGUGACUUACGACAUGUGUGGAUGUUUGCUUAUCUGUUUCUUUUACGCUGAUAUUGCAGCAGUGAUGUAUUAGAAACUUUGUUGGUACAUGGCUUUAGGAUCAUGAUAGGUAAAAUUAAAGAAAGAUAACUUCUGAUAUUAAACAAGACAUAAAAAUCUUCA